UAUUGAUGAAGAAGAAACUGAAGGUGAAAAUGACGUUAAAUUGCCAUUAUUCUUUGAAGAAACUAAUAUAAACUAUGAAAUAGAUCAUAAUGAUUUAGAAUUAGAUGAACCAGAUACAAUGUUACACAGUCGAAUGUUGACACCACUACCAGCACAACAAGAAGUCGAUAUUAAUGCAUAUCAACAUAAAAAAACUUUAGCUCAAGGAAUGAUGGAUUUAGCUUUAUUAUUAGCAAAUGCAAAUCAAUUACGAUAUGUUUUAGAAUCAAAAUCAAUUCACCCAUAUUAUUCAGUUAAUAUUGUAUUAUUGGCAAUUAGUAUAUCAUUGCAAAUAACAGUUGGUAUUGCUUUAAUUAUAAAUAGCCAAUAUGGAGUUAAAAAGGAAAGGGAAAUGCGUUUAGCAAAUCGUAUAAAUAACUUCACAUUAAUUGGGAUAUUUUUAAUUACAAUUGUUAAUGUUUUUAUAUCAGCAUUUGGGGUAGCUGACAAUUUAUCAUCAUCAUGAUUAACACCAGUAUAAAGUGACCUACUUUAAUAUUAUUAGCAUUUAAUUUUGUAGAUAUUUAUUUUAAAACUAUUGUGAGUG